UAAGGACAAUUCUAGAAGUGAUCACGCGCUUUACCGGCAUUUCAGCAUUUAACCGUCGGCAAGCGAGAGCGUUCUCGUGUUAUUUAUUUAUUUAUUGUCGAAGACUUUUAUCAUUUUCAAGAUGUUGUGCCUGUGCCUUUACGUGCCCGUCCAUAACUCAGAUCAGGUCGAGGUGGAGUAUUUUGAAUCCAACGGAUUACCCUCCGAGCUGAAAUCGCUGAAGUCUCUCAGUGUGCUUCUGCCUUCGCAGGAGUUCUCCACAUAUCGAAAAUGGAGGAAGAAAACCAUGAAAACUGAAGAGAAAGAGCAUGAUGGACAAUUGGACUUUGAAGAGUUUGUUCACUACCUCCAAGACCACGAGAAAGACCUGAAGCUUGUCUUUAAAAGCCUGGAUAGAAAGAUCGCCGGUCAAGUGAAUGCCAAUGACAUUGUGAACUCACUGCGAGAUCUCGGCGUGCAUAUUUCCCUACAGCAAGCAGAGAGAGUCCUUCAAAGCAUGGACAAAAACGGCACAAUGACUAUUGACUGGAACGAAUGGAAGAAGUAUCCCACAUUACAGCCUGCCGAAAACAUUCCCGAAAUCAUCCUGUACUGGAAGCACUCGACUAUCUUCGAUGUGGGAGAGAACAUGAUGGUCCCAGAUGAGUUUACCUCGGAGGAGCGCCUGACGGGGAUGUGGUGGAGACACCUGGUGGCCGGUGGAGGAGCUGGAGCCGUUUCCCGAACCUUCACCGCUCCGCUCGACCGACUCAAAGUCCUCAUGCAGGUGCAUGGAUCUCAUGGAAACAACAUGUGUAUCAUGAGUGGACUCGCUCAGAUGAUCAAGGAAGGAGGGAUGCGUUCCUUGUGGAGGGGCAACGGUAUCAAUGUCAUCAAAAUCGCACCCGAGUCGGCCCUCAAAUUCAUGGCUUAUGAGCAGAUCAAGCGUCUGAUGGGAAGCAGUCAGGAAGCUCCUCUGGGGAUCACAGAGCGCUUCGUGGCAGGUUCCCUGGCAGGAGUCAUCGCCCAGAGCACCAUCUACCCCAUGGAGGUUCUCAAAACCCGUCUGGCGUUGAGAAAGACGGGCCAGUACAAGGGCAUCUCGGACUGUGCCAAACACAUCCUGAAGGGCGAGGGAGUGUCUGCGUUUUACAAAGGCUACAUCCCAAACAUGUUGGGCAUCAUCCCGUACGCUGGCAUCGACCUGGCCGUGUAUGAGACGUUAAAGAACACGUGGCUCCAGCGCUAUGGGACGGAGAAUACGGAUCCGGGUGUGUUUGUGCUGCUAGCCUGCGGAACGGUUUCCAGCACCUGCGGCCAACUCGCUAGCUACCCGCUAGCUCUCGUACGAACACGCAUGCAAGCGCAAGCUGUUCUUUCUGCAGCUGCGGUUGAAGGCGCGUCUCCGGUCUCAAUGACUGGACUCUUCAAGCAGAUCAUGAAGACCGAGGGCCCCAUGGGUCUGUAUCGGGGCCUGACCCCAAACUUCCUGAAGGUCAUCCCGGCCGUCAGCAUCAGCUACGUGGUGUACGAGCACAUCAAGACCACGUUAGGUGUGCAGUCAAGAUGAGGCGGUGAAACUCGAGGUGUGGAGGCCAUCUCAUUCUGUGAAUGAUGCUAACCAACAUCUCAUUAUUUAUUUAGUGUUCUAGAACGGUAAAAAAGCUCAAAAUCAGGGACCAGUGUUUUUUUGAAUUCAUGUUCGUCAUGUACAUGUAAAGACUUGAGUUCUGUUAUGAUGCAAUUCAAUCAACACUACAAACUACUGAAGUUGCAUUGCCCGUUUCUUACAAAAGCUGCUCUAUAUUGACUAAAGUAAUAUAUAUUUAUACAUCUUGAUAACCAGAUAUUUAUAUAUGUUGUGGCAUCUUUAAUGAAUGUGUUGCACGGUCUCUGAAUUACGGAAGCCAUUGUUUUUGUGUUUCUCAGUAGUUCAACUGCUGUCUGAUUUAAUCUUAAUUGUGUUUAUUUUAAAUCAACACACUGUUGUUGUUCUUAAUUUUGCCUUAAUAUAAUAUCUGGUUGAUUUGAAGACGAAUGCACUUUAAUGCUUUAGUCCGUUGUGAAUGCAAUGCAAUGACUGUAAACGUUGUCAGAGGGUGUGUGAGUGUUUUGUUACGGGGACCAUAUGUUUGAGUAAUAAAUGCACAUGAUAUGCUUACACUAAUUUCAACAUAUAAAUGCACAGAUUUGUGUUUGUAUCUGAAGGAAGUUGCUUUAAGAUGGGUGUUCUUGGGAAUAAAUGAUUCAAGUGUCCGA